UUGUUUGUUGUUGAUUCAACACAUUAAUAAGAUUAAUUGGGUUUGUUUGUUUGUUUGUUUAUCGAAAAAAAAAGUGAAUAAAUAUCGUAGAUGAAAAAACCAAAAACAAAAUGUCACCAGCAUCAUCGGAAAAAUUAUCAACAUUUGCACGAAUUAAAAUGCCCAACAUAAUACUUUGUACAUAUAAGGCAAUUCGUAUGACUUGUUGUAUGAUACAUAAUGUUUAUUGUAUACCUGGAUAUCUAUUACUAAAUACAUUAUUAUUACCAUUAUAUUAUUUAUCGAUUGAUACUUAUUCGCAUAUUGAAAAUCUUCUUUAUGAUGCACUACUUUAUAUUGUUGGAUGGUGGAGUUAUGGUGGUGGUCUAAUAGUUCAUGAACAUGGUGAUGAUAUACAUCAAUUAUUGAUAGACAAUCCAAAUGCUCGUGUACUAUUGGUUGCAAAUCAUCAAUCAACGGCCGAUGUACCAUUAAUGUUUCAAUCAUUUUCAUCACAUUCAGCAUACUCAUUAUUAUGGAUUAUGGAUAGAGCUUUUAAAUGGACUAAUUUUGGUUUAGUAUCACAGAUUCAUGGUGAUUAUUUUCUUUGUCCAAAAAAAUAUAUUGCCAAUAGUAUUGCUAAUCAUUGUCGACAGCGAUAUAGUUUAUUAAAAAAUAUGAUUAUUAUAUUUCCUGAAGGCGGUUUUCGUUAUAAACGUUUACAAUCAUCAAUAUCGUUUGCAACCAAACGAAAUUAUCCACUAUUAUAUAAUGUAACAUAUCCACGUGUACAUGGAUUUCGUGAAUUAUUAACAGAUGAUCUAAACAUAACACAUAUUGUUGAUUUAACAAUUUGUUAUGAUGAUCCGGAUAAUGUACCAUCAAUAUUUAAUAUUAUACGUGGUGGAAAUGAUUCUGGUAUUCAUUUUCAUUAUAAAAUUCAUCAAUUAAAUACAACACAAGAGAAUUUUAAUUCAGAAGAAUGGCUUUAUGAACAAUGGCAAAAAAAAGAAGCAUUAUUAAAUAAUCAUUAUGCAACUAUUCGUCGUAAACAACAACAACAACAAUGUCAACAACAUCCAAAUCCUGAAUUAUCAAUCGAUUCAAGUAAAUCAAGUCCAUCCGGUGAUGAUCAUAUAAGUUGUCGUUCAUUAUCACCACCUGCUAAAAAUAUCGAACAACAAUCAUUAUUACGUAAACGUAAUGAUGUUUCACCAUCCAAACAACAACAACAAAAUCAACAACAACAAUUAAAUCAUGUUGGAAUCAAUAGUAAUGGUAAUGGCAGUACCAAUCAUUUAAAUCAAGAUAAUAUUGAUUUGACAAUAAAUAAUUUGCAUAAUAAUAACAAUAACAAUAACAUCAACAACAAUAAUUAUCAACAACAUCCGAAUAAUAUUGAUGCUUAUAAUCUGAGAAGUUUAUCACCGGAAACACAAGAUAAUACAAUUGCAACAAUAACAACACCAUUAACAGAAAAUGGUUUAAAAUUUCGUUCACAUCAUGAAUUUCAAUCAUAUCGUUUUGAUUUAAAUCAAGGUCGUCCGAUAAAAUUAAGUUUUAUUCGUACAUUAUUCUAUCAUUUUGGAUAUCUAUCUAUUUGUUUAUUAACAUAUUAUGUCAUUGCUCUAAUUAUUGUGCCAACGCUUUGAAAAAAACAAAACAAGAAAAUCCAAUUAAUAAUUCUCACUUAAAAUCAAUUAAGAAAAACAAAAAUACAAUAUAAUUCAAUAGCUUUUUUUUUCGUUAGCAGGAGAACACCUAGUCAAUUAAUCAUUGAUUAUUGAUCAAUCAAU